UCCGGACAGUUGAACAUGUUUUACAUUAGACCGAAUUAAAUAACAGUGACGUAAUUUAUUUCACUGUAGCUGAAGCAGGAUGUCCAGGAACCCGCCUCACUGUGCCGCGCGUGCAGAUCUGUGCCUGCGCGGAUUAAAGACGCCACGAGCGCCAGCUGGGUUUUGUUUACUAUUACAGCUGUUGUUGCUGUCCGACCAGAUUAUGACGUCACCCCUGCUCCCGCAGGAGUCAUGAAGUGAACGUUGCGGAAUCACCUUUUCCAAUGAUCGAGACCAGCACUCCGACCAUGCUGGACAGAACUGAACCGGCACACUGCACCGUGUGCUGCUGUACGCUGGCCAACAAGAUCCUCAUGGUGCUCUUCAUGGUGCUGCUCAUCUUCGCCAUCUUGUUUGGGAACUUGGUGACUCUGGCUGUGAUUUUAGGGACGAAACACUUUCACACGCCGCAGGGCUACCUGAAGGCGUCCCUCGCCGUGGCCGAUCUGGCCGUGGGGAUAUUCGUGGUGCCGCUGUCCGUCUACGCUGAGGUCUACCUCAUGGUGACCGACUCGGCGCCGGAGUGGACUUCAUACAACUCGCAGUCGGUGAGUUUCCACCCGUGCAACGUGAUCGGCCCCAUCUUUGCCGGCUGCACCUUGGUCUCCAUCACCACCAUUUUCCUGCUGACCAUCGAGAGGAGCAUCGCUGUGCUGAGGCCGCUGCACAAGGACUCUGUGAUUACACGUAAGAGGACCACGAUCCUCAUCGUCCUCUCCUGGGUGGGCAGCUUCUUCUUGGCGAUCUCUCCGAUGGUUUUCAGCAGCGAGAUCACUCUGGAGUACAACUCCUGCAGCCGGAUGUGCAAUUACGCUCUGGGGACCAUCGGCGAGUUCCCUAGCCAGGCCUGGAACAUCCUCCUUCUCUUCCCCACGUUCGACUUCACUCUCCUGGGUGGAACUGUGGUCAUCAACAUCAUCUCUCUGUCAAGCAUCAGGCAGCACUCGAAGCGCAGGAAACACCUGGCCGAGACCGAGUGCCAAAGCACCACCAAACCUACUUUCUCUGACAUAAAAGCAGCCAAAACAAUAGGGACGCUGACGGUGGCGUUUACCGCUUCCUUCACCCCCAUCGCCGUGUUCGUGGUCGGGAACGUUUUGGGGAAUAAAUGGUGCAACUUUUCCUUCUUCGCCUUCUGGAUUUUGGCCACCAACAGUUGCUGGAAUGUCAUAAUUUACAGUGUGAGGGAUCAGAAGUUCAGACUUCGCGCACACAAGCUGCUCAUGCCUUUCCAGAGAAAAAACACAACCAAAAACCUAAAGAAUUCAGGAACCAAAGACCAGAGCUGAACCUGAGAGGCGGGACGCCGUCAUUUAGAUGUCCGUUUGUCACACAAACUCGCCGUUCGACACGUCGUGGGUCUCGUUAAGAGACGCGUCUGCAUGUUUUGUGGAUUGCUGUUGUGAAGUUUUUACAUUAGCAUGGAAAGUUUUUCAGAUCACAACUGUUGGAUAUUAAGUGUCCCUCUUUGUGGACAUUUGUCUUGUUCUGUGUAACAUGAAGCCUGCUGCAG